AUGAAUGAAGGAUUAUUAUCAGUCAAGAAUGCUUCUGGUAGACAAAAGAAGAAAGUAAAAGAAAAUACCAUUGUACUGAACCAGGAUGCAAUAAAAGUUUCACAACAAGGAGAGAAGAACUUUCCUUGUUUAUUCCCUGGUUGUCAAUCCAGAUUUUCACGUCAAGAUAAUAUGAUGCAGCAUUAUAGAACCCAUAUGUCACCUAAAUCACGCCGAUCACAAAAGAGACAAGCAAAUACUCAAACAACAGAAGAAACAAGACCAAAGCCUCGUCUUCAUGCUCAUCAACGUAUUCGCUCAGAUCCUGUUCAAAUCGAACCUCCACUAACUAUUGAUCAGCACCUUUCAAAUUAUCAUCAAUCACUGCGAACAAUUCCAAAUACCGCUCGUUUCAAUCAAUUCCCUUUGCCUCUAUCCACUGUCGCAAAAACAUCUCAGGUAUCAAGCCCCACACUUUCAUCCGCUUCUUCUAGUACAAAUAAUCAACCCGUGGCAGAAACUGUGACCACCCAUCAUUUAUUUUAUCAGCAUCGUCCCUUGACCUAUACGCCUCAAAGCGCAACCAAUCAUUUACCCUUCACCUUACUUCAUCCUAAACAGCCUCAAAGAAGUCAGCUGAGGAGAACUUGGCUGCAAGAAAAUUCAAAUGCGUUCAACAAACAGGAUGAUGAACAGAAUGAUCGGUCAAAGGAAAAGCAAAAUGGAAAUGACUUAUUACAAUUAGCUCAUAUUGUGUCCACCUUUGGAUAA